UGUGUUGUGAAGGUGAGGUACCUGAACGUUAAUUAGCGGGUACUGUACGUGCCCAAAACGAUCAGAUCCUCGCUCAUUGUCUCCUUUCGACGGGAAGUCCCGAGCGCAACCGCCUAUCCGUGCGGAUUACGUCGUUCAGGGCGUGAUACAUCAACCGCAUGAAAUCUUGAAACUUUCCAUCAGAAGGCUGCUGUCCGGCCUUUUCGCACUAGGUACUGAAUCACACCCAACAUGCAACUUCUCAGUUCUCGGCUCGCCCACGCCGAGCGUAGGUUGCUCGCGUCAAAGCCCAUCAUCAAGUCGAAGCCCGUCAUCAACCGAGGCCAGCCUGCGGCGCGCUUGCAGUUUUCAACGUCACGCCAAGCCCAGGCACCAAACCAGGUUUAUGCCUCCGUGCGCAAUCCCGACCAGUUCCACACGUACCAGCUGCUGUCCUCGUCCUCACGGACACCGCUGUUGACCCUGUGGACGACCUCGUGGUGCUCGACCUGCCGCGUUGUGGCACCUCUCGUCCGAGAGCUCGUCGAGUCGGGUGUCGGCGAGGCCGAGGGUGGCGUGGGUUACUGCACCGUCGAGUUUGACGCGCCAGACGUCAUGGCCGCCGGGCUGGGUCUCACGUACAUGAUCAACUCGGUCCCGACGCUGCUCAGCUUCGAUGCCGGCGAGGCACAGGUGCAGACCAAGGUUACGGACGGCCGGCAGCUGGCAGACCGGAAGUUCCUUGAGGAGUGGAUCAAAAAUGAGGCGAGACGACACGGCAAUCGCGGGGGCGGAGGACCCGGCGGCGGCGCGAACCUCCUCGGGAGUCUGUUUGGCAAAUUGAGAUGAUAUGCCGUGUUUCUGGCCACCGACUCAGAAUGGGAGCAACGUGACGGGGUCGGGAUGUGAAGGUGAAACCCACCGGCGCAUGCCCCCCUC